UCCCUGUUCUGUCAGCAUCCUGCGUUCAGCAGGUUCUAAGCUCUCGAGCAGCAUUCUUAAGCAUAGACCCCAACCGUGCACUUCUGUUCUCCUGGUUGCUUGAACAUUUUUCGUCACAACAUUUUACGCAUAGGGCGAUAUGGUACGGGCCAUUCGCCACAUAAUUCUUAUCUUUUGGAAGAAUCUAGUGGUGCUGCAGAUCAAGCACAGGACGCUGACGACAGUCACAGAGUUGGUGCUGCCUGCACUGCUGUCGUAUCUGUACAUCAACCUGAGCACCGUGGACCCGACCGAGAUUGAAGAGCACGUAAAGAACACAACCAGGAGGCUUCGCCUGCCCAACGCUAUCGUCCGAUACCUUUCUGCAUAUCCUGUGCGAUUCCUGGUAGCGCGGCAAGACCAACCGGCAAGGAAGAUCACACCACGAUCGAACGUGACACACGUGGUGACAUGGAGCGAAAUAGAAUCCCCCAGUGCCUUCGUGAUCGCCAUGUUUCCACUUGUCGUCGUGCUCAUCAUCCCAUUUCCCACGUUCGUCUACAGAGUCGGAUACGAACUAUACAACGGCUUGAAAAACUUCCUCAUCAUGAAUGGCAUGUCGAACGGGAUCUAUUGGACAGGAACGUUCCUCGUGGAGUUCCUCAAGGUGUUCCUCAUCAUGGUACCGGUCGUGGUCCUGUGGAACUACGACCCUAAGGGUGGGCCGGCCCUCUUCGAGAAGACUAGCCUAGAAGUCCAAAUCUCGAUCGCGUCCUUGUUCUGCUCAGCUUCGGUGGGAAAUGCUCUACUUGUCGCGGCUGUCACUCCAAGACCGGCUGUGAGCGCAGCCUCCAUGGUGGUACUAAGUCUAUCCACACUUGUGCUACCUAUAGUGGCGAUCAUUGGUACUAACAUGCAGAACACCAACUUCAUGCGUUACCUACAACUCCUAAGCUGUCUAUGCCCGCACGUCGCCCUGUGCUACGCUCUUGCUUGCAUGUUCAUGCAUGAGAACUUUGGACCGCAAGACAGAUAUCUCGACUGGCGGAACCUCCACGAGGUCGGUUUGCAAGACGUUACUCUGAGCAAAGUGAUGCACGCCAUGCUGGCGUCCUUCUUGAGCAGUAUCCUUCUCUGCGUCUACAUCGACAAGGUCUGGCCAUAUGCGCAUGACUUUCCAGAAUCGCCUUGGUUCUUUCUUCAGGCAGCGUUCUGGGGCGCUAACAAAAUACCCGACCAUCAUGCGAUCAGGGCUAGCCUACAUGAGCAGGCCUCUCCUCUGGUCGAACCUGUGGCCCACUCAGUGAAACCUUACAUCAUACUCCAUCACAUCAGCAAGACCAUCGACUCACUGAGUCAGAAGAAGGAAAUAUUACACUCCAUCAAUCUCAAGCUAUUCGACAACCACGUGACGGUUCUACUUGGACGCAAUUGCUCUGGGAAGACCCUCAUCAUAAAGAUCAUAACCGGCUCGACCCGACCUACUGGAGGCAACGUCUUCCUGAGUGCGUUCAGUGUCCUGAGCGAGGGCCACGAGAUUCGGAAAUUGCUUGGCGUGUGUCCACAGAAUGUUGCCCUCUACGAUGCGAUGACAAUCAAGGAGAACCUACAGUUCUUCGCUGGGGUACGAGAGAUGCAUACGCUGCGUCCGAGGGAUGAAGUAAACCUUGCUCUACUCGAGUACCAGUUCUACACCACGCGCAAAACCCGUGUUCAUCGGCUCACAUACGGGCAGAAGCGAAGGUUACAACUAGCCAUAGCUCUUCUUGGCACACCAGAGUACAUCAUACUGGACGAGCCCACGCGUGGUGUGGACAUGGAAACUAGACGCACCCUGUGGGAGGUGAUUAUGAAGAUCCGCCAGACUCGGGGUGUCUUGGUAGUCACGAGUUCUGUAGACGAAGCCGACGUCCUGGCAGACCGCAUAGCUAUAGUAACAUCAGGUGUGAUAACAAUAUGCGGAUCGCCUACGUUUCUGCGGAAGCAACAUGGUGCUGGAUACAGGCUAUCAGUUGUCUUCAGGGACGUAUCGCAGAAAUCGCAUGUGUCCGAACUCGUAGACAACAUUCUGUCAGCCCCGCUGCUAGUGGAAAGCCGGAUGCUGGCGGCUUACAACAUCGGCUACCCAAACCCCGACAAGUUGAUCUACUUGCUCAAGCAGCUUGAAGAAAAUCAACAGCAACUUGGCAUUUCGUACAUGGGUAUUUCUACUACUUCCCUGGACGAUGUUCUCUUAAAGUUCGUCGCUGCACCCACAGAGUUCGAUUACUUCGACUACAAGAACACUCUCGGAGCGCGGAACGAGACACCUGCAAAACGCGUCAUCGUUCCCGAGGACGUCCCUCUGCUGCUCUACCAAGUGGAUGCUCUGACCAGAAAGAAAGCGACAUACCUGGCGCGUUCGUUUAAAAUAUCUAUCUUCAUGAAGUUGCUCCAGAUUGCCUUCAUGGUCGUUCUUGAGAGAUUCUUUGAAAACGAAGCCAUUUGGAUGCGACUCCAACGACUUACCCUAUCCAAUAUUACCCUCCAGACGCGUUCCGCCGCGAACGUAGCUACCGUUUUCUACGAUUACGACUGGGUGAGCCAGGAGCUCCAUUCCGUCGUCUAUUCAGCUCGUGCACUGGCUGCCUUCGCAGUGCCCUUGUCCCUCUCCAUCGUGACUGCAGUGCACGUCUUCCUAUCUGUGGAAGAACGAGUGACUGGAGCUAAACAGGUGCAGUUCAUGGCAGGCCUUACGCCAGAACGCUUCUGGACUGUCACAUUCUGCGCUGAUAUGAUUCAGCACCUGGUGGGCACCUUGGCCGCUGUCGUGCCGCUUGCCAUUCCUGCUGACACUAGCCUUAGCUGUCAUGACUUCUCCUAUACUGGUCCCAUGUUCUGUCUGCUCUUUAUGUACGGGUGGUGCUUUGUUCCUGUCUGCUACAUUGUGUCGCUAAUCGUAGACCAGGAGAUGACGGCCUAUUUCUGGCUUGUUCUAUCAUCUCUGCUUUUUGGAACUGCCACGAAUUGCUACACUGCCCUAAUCGGUCCAAGCACUAUCUCUAAUUUUAGACCUCCCGAUUUCAUGUCGGAGGUCACUGAAUAUGUUAUGGUGCCUCUUCGACUCCUGCCUCAGUUUGCAGUGGCUCAUGGAGCUGGACAGGUUCAGAUGUACUUUUUCGAAAGGGCCGCGUGCUGUCAUCUUCCGCCAGACUUGUUGCUUUACACCUGCCAGCGCAAUCAGAAAGAGUACCCUGUUGAACAACGCCAGUAUAUGGAACUGGUAAAGAUUUGCUGCAGAGCUAACUGUGGGGAAUCUGACUGCACCUUUAUCACCAGCGAGACUACGUUCAGCAGUCAGUCGUACUUCUGGGACAUUGCGCUCAUGUUCCUCAGCGGAAUUCUCUACCUCACGCUGGUCAUCAGUUGGGAGCGUCGACCUGAGACGAAGAACUACAUACGGAAUCUGCUCGAGCCUCUACACAUCCAGGACGUCGCGCGCACGAAGAAGCAGGUGCCCAUACAGGCCAACGUUAGGCAUCCAACUGUCCUCGAUGAGCAGGAUCUCGUAGAAGCUGUCAUCGACCAGUUCAGAAGUCCCGAAGUCCGCGUCAAGCCGGGUGGUCUGGUCAUGGAUGGAGUUUCAUUCGAAGAACGGGGCCAGUAUUUUCCAGACAUGUAUCUGUACGUCGCCCCGAGAGAAAUCUUCGGUAUCGUGGGUCGUGCUCAGUCUGGCAGGUCUACCGUGCUGCGGGCCGCUGCUGGGAUGAAGAACGUCCUGUCUGGGCAUCUUUACAUGAACGGUAUCGACCUGGCCAACCAGCGAGCAGCGUACAUGAAGCAAAUUGGCUACUGCCCGCAGACGAACCCUCUAAUAAGCAAGCUAACUGUUCGAGAAAUGCUCACGCUGCUUGCACGUCUACGAGGUCUGAAUCCGCAACAAGUGGAGGAAGAAGUAUCCUUUGCUACGGGGAUUGCGGGACUGCUGAGAGUUCAACAAAUCAGCAUUUCCCUACUCUCGAGCAGUCAGAAGCGGCAGCUCUCAAUAGGCAUGGCCCUGGUCGGCGACGCGAGCCUCUUGAUCUUGGACGAGCCAUUGCAAGACGUGGACCCCGUAUCGCGAUUGGGGUUGAUUAAGAACCUGCAGAGAGUACAAGCGUCCCAUAACUUGACCGUUUUGAUCGCCUCGCACCGAGCUGCCGUGUGCGAGACCUUGUGCGACCGCGUGGCGUUCCUGUCGGACGGCGAGUUCGCUGCUAUAGGCUCACCCACGGAACUGAGGAAAGAUGUUGGACAGAGGUUCAUUGUCAUGAUCAGGCUGACCGUACAUCAGACUACGAAAGGAGAUUUCUUCAAGCAGGUCAACCGAGAAAUCAAAGUAAUCUUUCCAACGUCGGUCAUCACGGACGUCAGGAAGGAUCAGCUGACAUAUAGGGUAAAGGAUGCCGUGAUUCCGUGGAGCCAGGUCUUCGAGAAAAUGGAACGUCUAAAGGAGACUUUGCGGUUCGAAGACUACGUGGUGAAUGAAGACACUCUGGGGGAAGUCUUCUUGGGUUUCACGCACGAACGUAAAGUCGUCGACUUCGGUGCCGUGGAAGCCAUACGCUAUAUGUCGACCGAUCCACCGAUGCUCAUAAAGAAGCCGUCGGACAGUUCUGGUCCAAGCUUUGAUAUGUCUGAAAGCAUGUUGUAAAAAUAUGCGUGGGAUGUGGACAUCUUUGCAGUGACCACAAGUAAUAGCUGCCAAUACGAGUGAUUAUUGCUUUUAAUGCGAUGUAUAUUUUUGUUCCAUUUGGUACCACUGAUGAGUA